GGGGUGCUGAUCGCCUGCUCUUUGCCUUUGCCUUGCGGGGUCCCGGCCGGGCUGCCGGCACCGGGCGGGCAGGGCUGGCAGCUCCGGGGCCGUGCGCUCCUCCUGCCGCCUCCCCGCACGCAGCGCUGCUCGGCGCGGUUCGGCUGCGCACCGCUGGAGGGAGGGCUCGGGACCCUCCGGCCGGAGCCUCCCCGAGCCCCCGGAGCCCUCUCCCCUCGCAGAGCGGAGACUCCCGGUGCAACUCCGUCCCCCCGCUCGGAGGCGCGGACGGCGGGGAGGCUCCUCUCCUGGCGCUCGGAGCCGGCGCUCCUGAGUCGGGGCUGUGCCCUGCCCCGCACCCCAGGGAUCCGGCGAUUUCUGCCCUCGCCUCGCCCUGUCAUUGAUGGGAAAUCAACUGGAUCGCAUCACCCACCUGAAUUACAGCGAACUGCCGACCGGGGACCCCUCGGGGAUCGAGAAGGACGAGCUGCGCGUCGGGGUGGCUUACUUCUUUUCGGAUGAGGAGGAGGACCUGGACGAGCGAGGCCAGCCAGAUAAGUACGGCGUGAAGGGCUCCGGCAGCCCUGGGCAGGAGACGCCCACCCACCACCUCCACCAUCAGCUAGUGCUGAACGAGACUCAGUUCUCCGCUUUCCGCGGUCAGGAAUGCAUCUUCUCCAAGGUCAGCAGCGGCCCCCAGGCUGGGGACCUCAGCGUCUACUCGGUGUCAGCCCUGCCAGCCCUCUGCAAGCCGGGGGACCUGCUGGAGCUGCUCUACCUGGGGCCGUCGGAGCACCCGCCGCCGCACUGGGCCGUGUACGUGGGCGGCGGGCAGAUCAUCCACCUGCACCAGGGGCAGAUCCGCCAGGACAGCUUGUACGAGGCGGCCGCGGGCAACGUGGGCCGGGUGGUGAAUAGCUGGUACCGCUUCCGCCCGCUGGUGGCGGAGCUGGUGGUGCAGAACGCCUGCGGGCACCUGGGCUUAAAAAGCGACGAGAUCUGCUGGACUAACUCCGAGAGCUUCGCCGCCUGGUGCCGCUUCGGGAAACGGGAGUUCAAAGCCGGGGGGGAGCUGCAGGCGGCUGCUGGCACCCAGCACCAGCAGCAGUACUAUCUCAAAAUCCACUUGGCAGAGAACAAGGUGCAUACGGUGAGGUUCCACAGCCUGGAGGAUCUAAUACGCGAGAAGCGCAGGAUCGAUGCCAGUGGCAAACUGAGGGUGAUCAAGGACCUGGAUAUAGUGGAUGGGAAAGAAUAGGGAGGAGCAGGAGUACGUGGCUAUCUUCCUUCUGCCCUGCCCGGGGAGACCAGCCUGCUGUAGAGUCAGGAGGCUGCACCCUCCUUCCGUGGGACGCGACUGGAAGCAGGAUCCAUGGCAGCAUUCCAAAAAAAACCAGCAUUCUUUACACUCAUAGCCAGUAUUUUGUUUGGCUUUUAAUAGCAUUAAUGCUGAAAGAGCGAGAGAGAGGAAGAAAAGAGGGGGGAGGUGCAGGAAGGCUGUUCUCAGAGUAUGUGGACAAAGUCUCUCCUGUCAAUUGAUGUUGACCAUUCUAGCAACAUGCCAAUAAAAUUUCAAAUUGAAAUUUCUUUUUAAAUUUUUAUUUCAUGGCUUUAAUCCAUGAUAAGUUUUAAGCAUCUGGGACUGUGGAUGUGGAUGUAGCUAAAUGGCAUUUUAGCUAAUAUUUGCCUUGUGGCCAACCAAAAGCAUCAGUCAUACUUUGCUAACUGGGAGAGAAAGGGGGUGUUGGGGUGGAGGGUAAAUGCCUGUUUGUUUUGUUCCUUCACACUGCUGCUUCAGUCUAUAGCUGCAACCCAAAUUUUGUCCCAGCCAACUCUGGCAAGCUAUUUUCUAGGAAAAAAUAAUUUCACAUUUCUCCUUGAAAUCUAUCACAUUUAAAAUAUUUGCCUUUGCUUUCUGUUUGCAGCUCUCUGCUAAAUAUCAUCAUAAUGCAUGAGCUCUUUCCACCUCUUCCCUCCUCCCACCCUCCCUGCCUUUUUUUCUCUUUUUUUAAUUAAAAAAAAAGUUGGUGAGCAGCUGUUUUCCUAAAACUAAAUUAAUGCUUAAAAGGAAGUGGUGUAUUUUGGAGAACAGUAUACUCAAAGAUCCAGCCACUAGGAUUUCAUGCUUGAGCUGUGGAUUUUGUACCACUGCUUCGAUAUCUCUUCAUACACAGGUCAAUAGAAUCCUGCAAGAAACAAUUUUGAAUUCUGCAUGUUGCCUCUUUGGAACAGCAAGUUAUUGCAUAUUUACAAUUCCACUUAAAGAAAUAGAUGUAAUGUGGCCAAGUUCAUCUUGCAUUUCAAAUUCCCAGGAACUAAAAAUCCUGUUCAGUGUAAGUUUAGAAAGCCACAGCAGCAUUUAAAAGAUGCCUUUUAAUGUGAUGUGAGCAAUGCCUUUUCUGUAUUUCAGAUCCUGUUCACUCAUUGCUUAAUUCUAAGUUUUGAAGUGAAAGAUCAGAAGAUUAAAUAUAUUUUUUAAAAAUCUAAAGUAUACUGGGGCAUUUCUUUUUAUUAUUCUGAGCUGCAUACAACUUGUAAUUUUGUCUUUGCAUGUUUCAGUGCUGGAAAGAAAAUGCAUUUGGUUUUGUUCUCUCUUCCCACAUCAAUGUCAGAUGACAGAAGUAAUAGCCCUAUUUUGUAUAUAUAUGAUACACUCCACCCCCUAUCGAUGUACUGUGUCACAACUUUUUUUUUGUAUUAAACAAUGUCAUAAGCAACCUUGUUGCAACAGUAAUUUCAUUUCUACAAAGCAUUUCCCUACUAUAGCUGAACAUGCGAGGGUGGAGUGUACUUCAUUAUAAUAAAGUCUUAGCAUAAAUAUCUUUAAGAAAAAGAAAACAAAAACCUGUACCCCCAAAACUACACCUCUUCAUUGAAGGUCAUCUAAUUGGCUUUGUCCUUGCUAACACAUGUGGCACAAUUAUGUGGUAAUAGGCAGUGUUUCUUUUAUCACUUUCCCUAAAGUCCCUUGCUUAGUACAAUAUAGGGUAAAAAUGUGAAUUGUAAUUACUGUCAAAUACCGUUGAAAUAGCCUCAAACCACAUCAUGGUUUUUGAUAAUUGUAUAAUAUUUUAGCUUUAUGUAGGCAAUAGUGGCUGUCUGAUGAUAACUUUUCCCAUAACAUGAACAGAAUCUUCUACCUAGCGUUUAUGUAUCUUAUUGUUGAACAUUAGAUUGCCUAAAUCCUCUGUUAGAACUGAUUUCCCUGUACCACUUGGUGUGAGCACUGUGGGAUUGCAAAAAGGCAUUGGGUUUACAACAAGGCACUUAGAAAACAUUAAAAAAUGUUAGGAGAAGGAAAGCUGGGCAAAAACAAUUAACUUGAUUUUUUUUUUUUUUUCUUAUAAAAAAUAGGCCUUAGAGACCUGAGGUUGCAAGAGGCAGGGAGAAUUAAAUGAAGAGGGAAUAAGUACCAGAAUGUUUAUGAAAAAAGAAAAAUAAGAUAGAGUUACAGUGUGAUUUUUGAUUUCUGCAAUGCUAUUUCUUCAAAUGGCUGUUAGAUAAGUGGGAUUAGACAGUGGUUCCUUGGAAGAACAGUAUUUUAUGUCCUCACUAGUGAGAAGUCAAAACAUACUAAAUUUAAACUUUUCACUGUGCUUUCUGAAUACUCUUUCACUCUAAACCCCAUUAUAACAGUGGAUUUUUUUGCAAUUAUUUAGUAACCUGGUUCAUAAACGUGAUGAUUUUCCUUGUCUUACCCACCUAGAUGUAGAAUGGAAUUUUGUAGUAUAUAAAAGAAAUUAUAGGAACUAGUGUAUGCUUAUUUAUUCAAGCUCUGUCAGAGACCUUUGGCAUCACUCUGAAUUUAUACAAAUAAAGGUACAACAAUGUAAGGCCUUAGUCCUUUACAUAAGGACUGGAGAAAAUAUACUGGAAAUGGUAAGAGCUGGUAUUAACCAAGGAUAUACUAUUGCCAUGACUGUGUUCAAGUUGCAGUCUGUAAUUAGCAACAAGGGUACGAAUACAAUUUCUUUUGUUAUUUUUCUUUAGCUAGAUUUCAGUCCAGAGCUACUGGCAGUAAUCUGGUCCUGAUUCAUAGCCCAUUGAAGUUAAUGGCUCUUGCUGACCAGUGAACUUUGCAUCAGAUUGUUAGGAGGUGGUUAAAAUUUGUGGAGCUUGAGGAAGAGUGAGAUUUAAGAUGACACUUCAGAGACCAGAAGAGCCACCUUUCUGAGCUGGGAUACUGUGGACACAGGUAGCUGAGGAAAUAUGGGAAGAAAACAGACAAGUUCUGAAACAAGCAGUGUUAACCUAAGAUGGCAGUAGGGAAUCUGUUAAAAAGACUGAAUGAAAAGUGGAUAGAAAAACUUGUUCAGUGCCUUGAAACAAGAAUUGGAUGACAGGAAACAGCUACAAGAAAGGCAAUGAUGCGAAUGACUGACAGGUAAAAAAUGUAAUUGAUUGUAUUCAUCAUUCAGGAUCAGUGGGCCUGGCAGAGUUAAUAUUUCCAUUUGCAGCACUAAAGAUAUUGAAAAAUUGUAUUUUAUCUCUGGAAUCUGUUUGCAUUCUGUGGUCUAGCUACCUAGGGUAAAUAUUUAUAUCUCAUUCACUGCUUUUGAAGUACUGACUUGUAAUAUGACAGUAAUGUCAAGAUGUUUUGCAGUCUUUCUUCCGUGUCACGUUUCAAAGCUUUCUGUUAGGUAUUUGAGUAACAGUUCUAUAGAAUUUCUUUUGCUUAGAUAUGAUUCUCUUCUCAAAAUGCAAUCUUUUGAAUUGCUUUGAGACUUAACAUUUUAUUAAAAAAUUCAAUUCAUGUCCUCUAGAAACA